AACUAUCAAGAUUCUCGAACAUGCCAUUUCACUGCAAACAUGGACUGGGUAGGAUGUGAACAUGAUAGAAGGACUAGGGGGCGCAGGAGUUGUAAGUAGUGACCAUGGCUACUUGUUCUAGAGCGCCAGUAGUGCAACUGCGUAGGAGAGUGAUAGAACUAGUACGACGAGAAUCAAUAACAACAUAAUUUUUAACCAUGAUGAAUUCUAGUUCUCUCUCUGAGGCUGUUUUGCCUGGCAAGUGGGAGUCGCCGUCCUUAGCUAGCGGUCAUUGCGCAACCGAAUUGCAGGAUGCGAAGCUAAGGUUCGACGGUUGUCGCCUAAUCGACAUGGUUCUCCGUCGAGUGGGAUUAGAUGCUGAAGCACGACCUACAGCGCCUGCUGCAUAUGACGUACAAGCUCAUCAUCCAGCGGGUCAUCUCCAUGCACAACUACAACAACUACAACAAGCUCAACAACAUUUCGGAACUAGUACGCACCAGCAAAGACUAAAUUCGAUUUAUCUGCGCGAAUUACCAGCUGGUGCGCAUUACUACUUCCAGCUCUUCUAUGCGCAGAGAUGUUUUAGCCAAGAACGGCCUGACGUGGUUGCAUUGGCCUGUGUCCUUCUAAUCUCCAAAGUCUUUGAUGAAACGAGGCGAUUAGAUCCAGUGUUGAACUCUUUCGUGCCGAUGAGUAGUAUACCGAACUUUGGAGGACUCGGAGGUGGUUCUGGAGGUAGUGGCCAUAGCUGCGCAACUAGUGGUAGCACAGGAUCGAGGACUACUUCAUCAUCUUCAAGCAGCACAAAUCUACUAGCCAUGAAAUGCCAGCAGGAUUAAGGCUCUCAAUAUAUUUCAUUUCCACGACUCAUUUCUCGCAGUUUCCCUCUUGAAAUUCUGAAGAAAUGAAGGGAAGAAAUGAAAUGUUGUGAGCUCUAACAGGAGCUAGAGCAGCAGCUACUUCGAGAGGACCCCUUAGCGUCGAAAGAAAUGCUGCGGUCCCAGGUGAUCAAGUGCGAAUCUUUGCUCAUUCGAGCUCUCCAGUUCGAUUUCGAUCCGCCCACAAAAGUUGCGUUUGACUUUCUAGAUCGCCUAUGUCGCAAAAUCCCUGAAGUCUACAAAGCUACGCUAGCAACGACCACCACCACUGGUGGAGGUAUUAAUGGUGCUGGAGGAAGUGGACAUGGUCAUGGACUUCAGCAACUCGGCGGAGCGAGCGUAGCGUCUUCUUCCUCAUCUACUAGUUCUAGUAUGAUGAACGGCAUAGCAGGACAGGGAGGUCAACCGCCGAUUCCAGGACAGCAGCAGCACCACAAUUUUCCGCCAUUCGUUGGUAGUGCUGGCAGGAAACGGACUCGCGUAGAUUCGAACGAUGACAUCGACUUUGCGGCGAACGCUCGCGUGAGAAAAAUGCCUAGAGGAGGUGGACGAGGGAGCGGACCCCUUACGCCGUCGUCUGCGACUUCUAUGACAGGAGCAGGUGUAAAUUACAGUGCGGCACAACAACAUCAACAUCUAGCAGGAGGUAGUGGUCUUGGUGGACGAGGAGGAGUUGGCUUUCCUCAACGACAGGGUACAUCUUCAUCCACAAGAGGGGACUUGCCCCCUUCUGUCGUCCAAGAAGUGAGACAAAAAGCUCAGUCCUUGCUAUAUGACUGCUAUCGAUCCUCCAUGGUCCUCAAAUACAGUCCUCGCGUACUCGCCCUUACUUGCCUGAAAUUCGCUCUCAAAGUGAUCUCCAAACGCUUGUCUUUGCCAGUUCUAGCCAAAAUCGACCUCCCAGCUCUGGAUCAUAGGGUGCUACAUCUGUCACGGACAAGUACACUCUUGCAAAGAAUAGGAGGUGGCGCAGGAAGAGCUGCAAUGAACAAAGAACAAGAUGAAGAGACCUACAGAAAAGUAGCUGACAUGACCAUAGAACUGCAACAGAUGUUGAAAAUAGCAGCUAGUGUGGGAGCUGCUGCGCCUCAGCCUAAAGUUGGUGGACAGACACAGAUGAUAUCAUCAAGAACGACACCAUUGCCAACACCUUCACCUCCUGAUUGAGAGAGCUCUCUACUCUAUUUGUAGCGGCCUCUAUUGAAGAUAGUUUUUCUUGUUCAAUCUCCCGCCCCCAAGCAACCAGCACCCCUGUUUAUCGCAACAUCGAGAAACUCCGCAGUAGCGGCACCAUAGAUA